UUAGUGUCGAAUAUCAGAGCGAUCAGGUGUGUUUCCGUGUCACUCUGUAACAGAUACAUAUUUCUCUUCCAUUACGUGGCAUUUUCGUAGUCAUUUCUUCAUCGCUUAAAACUACCCUAUUGUAAACUUCGUAUAAUUAAGUUUAUCACAUAAUAAAAAAUGCUGGCAGGUACAACAAAAGAUCAAAAAACGUUAGAUGAAUUAGAAUGGAUUCAAGUAGUACGUACUGAGUUGAAUGAAAAUGCUAAUAUCAAACAGCCGAAAGGAGCAAUACAAAAAUUCAAAGAGAAUCCUUUAGUACCUAUAGGUGCUACAGCAACUGUAGCUGCUCUGAGUUAUGGCUUGUACAAUACUUUUAUAGGGAAUAGUCAAAUGGCGCAAUAUAUGAUGCGUAGUCGAGUUGCAGCACAAGCUUUCACUAUUAUAGCUAUGGUUGGUGGACUCAUAGUUAUGGGGAAAAAACCAAGUACUGAUGUAUAAUUAUUAUACAAAGAUUUAUUUAAUAGUAAUCAUGUAAAAACUGUAGUAGUCAAUUAUAGUCAACUGCAUUUUUUAUUUGAUCAGAAAAGCAUAACAUGAAAGUUUUAUGAACUA